AUGGAGGUGCUCAACUCAACCAGCAGCUAUGAUGACAACUAUUCAUAUCCGUAUGAAGAGUUAAUCAUAAUGUGUGAGGUCGACGACUUUGAAAUAACCACUGGUGUGUGCUACGCCACAAUCUUUUUCCUCAGCAUCCUUGGAAAUGGCUUCCUUGUGUUUGCACUCACCUGCUACGAAGACCUGAAAAGGGCCACCAACCUUUUCAUGUUCUGUUUGGCUCUUUUUGACCUUGUGUUCACACUGACGUUGCCUUUCUGGUGCGUGGAGCUUCUUCAUCACUGGGUUUUCGGUGACAUCACCUGCAAGAUCAUUACCGCCGCCUAUUUUAUUGGCAUCUACGGAAGCCUUUUUCUUCUCACAGCCAUGACGCUCGACCGGUUUGUUGUGGUUGUGGUCAGAAGCUACUGGCUGACACAGAGUCGAAGACUCAAAUGUGCAAAAGUUGCCUGUGUUGGCGCCUGGAUCAUCAGCUUGAUUGCUUGCCUGAGAGAUUCAAUUGCUGCAAAUGCAGAAGAGAGACAUAUCAAGACAUACGCUUGUAAAAGCAGCAGUCAGGAUGAUGACAAAUUCAGAUAUUAUGCACAGCUCAUUCUGCCGUUCCUCCAGGAUUCAUCCGUACACGAAUGA